AUGGAUUACUUCCUGCCGUCGUUCGUUCAGAAGCGCCUGCUACGCUACGCGCUUUCAAGACUCGAGUUGGUCGAUACAGAUGCCAUAGAUCUCGAUAGUUUAGGGAUACGCUGGGGCCAGAGGAGUACCUUUGAGUUGCGGGACAUAGGUCUGAGGUUAGAGAAACUAGCUUCUAUCCUACAAUUACCGUCAACAUGCAAACUAUUAAAAGCACGCUCAUCGCUCAUACGAGUCACCAUACCGGCCGAUAUCUACAACAGCGGAAUUAUUUUUGAGGUUGACGGUGUCGACGUACAUAUCCAACUGCUGUCGGGCGACGACUCGAAAAGCGGUAAACCGAUUUUAAGUAGUGCCAGCGAGCAACCAGUCCUGCCCACAACCGACGACCUAGCACAAUCCUUCAUUCAAUCAGAACCCAGGGAAGAAAGGGCGGAAAUCGAGGCGGCAAUCUCGUCACAAUCUCAAUACCUGCAACGCUCAACAGCAUCACUGAGCGAGGAUGAUGAAGUUGGUCUUGGAAAUGAGGAAGUCUCGCUUCCUACUUUCAUUUCCGGCUUCCUCCAAGGUAUCUUGAGUAGGCUGCAAAUCAAAAUCAACAAUAUCAAUAUCCGCGUCGAUAUGGAUCUUCCACAAGAUGGUCCCACCAAAAAAGUCCCCGUUGAUAAACCAGAUCAAAUAACAGCAUCUAUGAUUAUUGAAGAGGUAUCGAUAAGUAGUGUUGCUGAGACUGAAGACCAAAGUGCUUCCUCCAGGGUAGCAGGCAGGACGGUGACAUUGGAUUCAAUCCGUGUUCUGCUUAUAUCCGACCCUGUUGUUUUCUCCAACUAUGCACGGUUUGCAGAAGCUCCGCCCUCGCCUUCGACUACAACAUCAAAGGUGGGACAUGUCCCGGACACAGUACAUGGAAUCACGCGAUCACAACCAAUAUCACCUUCUACGGGGUCGCAACCUGAACUGGCUGAAUCUGCGCUUUUGUAUCGUUCCCAAAUGACUGUGCCCUACUCAAAUCCGACAAUGCCCGGUGAAGAGUUUAUGGAGAGUUCAACAGAUUCUCUAGAUGGUCGAUUUUCAGAUGCGGAAAGUGAACCUGGGGAUGAAUAUCAACGUCAAGAUUACUCAGUUUCAGGUAGCCAUUAUGAUGGCAUUAUUGAUAGCCCUGCCUAUCUUGAUGAUGUUUUUCACUCGCAAUUUGUUGACGAUCCAGAAAGAUCCAUUGAAAUAUACCCUAAAUCUCCCCAAAGUACCGGUACUCCAAGACCACGAAGUCCACAACUUGACUCCUCACACGCACCAGAGACAUGGCAUGAUUUUGACGAACCUCGAUCCUUAGCCCAUACCGAUGACAGCGCUGAGCAUGCUUACUUUCAUGAAUCUCUCAGCCGCAGUCAAAAAUCGAUCGGAACCUCUCGUUCACCCUCCCCUGAACCGACUCCUGCCUCAUACUCCGCCGACCUGUCCAACUCUACUAUAUCUGCUGACGGCGACUCUACAAUCCAAUCAAGCAACAGUAGCUCUCAUUCCGGCUCAUUGCCCGAUGACCUAUCGGAGUCCAAACUUUUCAGCCAUGAAGAAGCUUCAAGCAUGUAUAUGAGCGCUAUUAGUGGCACCUCAGACCAUGAUGCGCCGGUAAUGCCCGGUGGUUGGGACUCAACAAGAUUCGGAUCAGAUAUAGAUUCACAUGGUCGUGAACGUAAGAUUGGCGUUUAUACAGCGAAGGAUUUUAGCGAUGAUGCAGAUGUCUCUACGCCGAGGAUUGGCAGCCAAUCAGUGUCGUCUCUCUCUCAGACAAAUGAUGAGGAUGCUCCACAAAUUUUGCCUGGAGAGUCGCAUAAUGCAGCCUUGGACCCUCAGCCAUGCCCAUCCGCUGCAGAGUCCUCUGUGGAUCCAGAUGUCGCUCGCGAAAUUAUUGACAUAAGUCGAAUAACGAUUUGGAUACCGGAAGGAUAUGGCAGUUCAGGCAUGGAACAACAAUCAAUCUCGCAACAUGAUAGGCCUAAAAGCUCUGGAAGUCAAUCAAUGAGGGGUGAUCUUCUUGAAGCUUCUAACGUGGACUACUCGAUGUCAAUGCGCAGAAGUUCUAUAUCUUCAUCCAUCGCCUUUGAUAACGCUGAACAAUCGGGCCACAAGGGACCUGAUGUCUUCGAACCCAUCACAUUUACAAAUGCUCCUGGAGCCAUUUCCGUUGACGUCAAUGAAGUCCUAUUUCUGUUUGACAUAGCAACUGGGUGGCUGCUUGUAAAGGCUAGCCAGAAACUUGCCACUGCUUUUAAUGUUGAACCACCCGAGUCCAAGCCAUCAAGCAACAAUCACCAGGCCUCAUCAUCAAAAUACCAGCAUUUUAGGCUUAACCUUCAUUCUUGCGCAAUCAAGUUCUUGGAACACCUGGCAGAUGUUCCGUAUCGAGCUCAAGAAACGGCAACGGCCACUAAAUUACCUCGUUCGAGUUUUUCUGCAGUAGAUGACAUCAUACUUCAAGCACAAUUAUCAUCGGUGAACUCUGACUUGUUUAUAUCAGAGGAGACUAUGAAAUUCCAACUCGAAGUGGCCAAGUUCGUUCUUGGAUGCGCAUCUGAGACCCUCAUAUCCUUCAAUAAGGAGCUUAGAAUGCGGGACUCCGUCAGGGAUAUACAAGUAACCAGCCCUCGCGACAUCUCCCUUACCGUCACUAAAACACCAGCAUCUGCCAGGAUUAAUAUAACUACGUUACCAGUCCAUUUAAACCUGAAUAUCCAGAGGUUGGAGGAGAUUUUAGGAUGGCUGGGGGGUCUCAGUACAUUAAUGGAACUAGGAAGCUCCAUGGCAUCGAUUUCAACGGUUCGUGGAGAUAAGCCAGACACCCCGAAGAAGCCUACACGAGGGGUGCGUUUCGAAGGAAUGCCGACCCCCGAGGCUCCUACCUCUAUCGCAACAUCUGCUCCUUGGAAGAUUAAUGCUCGACUAGGUGGCAUCAUGCUUGACAUUGUGGGCGAAACAUGUGCCCUCAAGUUGAAUACUACUGCAGUCAAAGCAGUUAGUAGAUAUGAAGGCAUUGGCAUCCAGAUUGACAAGGCUAAGGUUAUUGGCCCAUGUUUCCCCGACGAUAAUGGAGAAUAUCCGGCAACGCUCAGUUUGGGAAAUAUCCGAACUGAAUACUUGUAUUCCCCGAAGGAGGUUGAUCUAGACAGGCUCCUGUCUUUGCUGACGCCAUCAAAGGAUAAGUAUGAGGAGGAUGAUGAUAUCAUGCUCGAUACGCUUUUCCGACAAAGAAGACAAGGAGGCGUUCUCCGUGUGGCGGUAACAACGGCAAAGCUGUUGAUUUCCGAUUUAGAAGGGUUGGGACCUCUGUCGUAUCUUCCACUGGAAAUUGCAAGGUUGUCAAGCGUGACUAAAUACCUGCCGGAGGAUGAUCGCCCAGGCAUUAUGACUUUGCUACUAAUUCGCGACUUCGAGUGCAAUACUCAUGUCGAUGAGAAGAUUGGCGAUUUGCGAGCAGUGACCCAAGAUAUAGAGAUGGCUCACAUCAGCCUUCCAUCUCUCAUAGCGGCGCAAGUGAAGAGUCUUUCACUAUUGCGGAACGAGACAGAAGAGCUCGUUGGUGAGGCCCUGAAAACCUCUGCAAACGUGAGUGCCGCGCAACCUUCGUUGCCGAUGAUAAUGGCUCGUUUUAUUGCAGAUGAAAUGGACCCUACAGUGAAGAUCAAAUUUCAUAGUUUUAGAGUUGAAUAUACUCUGCCUUCGAUCAUUGCAUUCCUUGGGCUCGAAAGCAAUACUACACCCGAGGAUUUGGCAGCAACGAUGGCCGCCUCUGUGGCCAAUCUUACAGACCUUCGAAAUUCUCGAAAUCAGAGCAUGUCUUCUGGCGCAUAUGGUGUACUGGAGCCUGAUGCGAAACCGUUCAAGCUUGCCGUGUCUCUUCGAGAUUGCGUUGUUGGAUUGAAUCCGCGCGACAUGCCUGCAAAAGGUCUGAUGGUGUUGACAUAUUCGAAGUUCAAAUACACAGACCCGGGGAAUGGAUCUUCUGAGGCCAAUUUUGAGAUCAAAAAGGCAACAGUCAUGAUUAUAGACGAUGUGUCAAUGGUUGGCUCCGGGGACACUAGCAGCAGUCAGCGAACGAUAGUCGACAGCCAGAAUGAACAACUCCGGGGGUUCGCCAACGUGGGCUUUGUGCCAGUUUCAUACAUAUCAUCUGCGGUGUUUUCGGUCAAUAUGCUACCACCUGAUGCAGAUGGCAACAAGUCUGUUGACGUCGAAGUGAGAGAUGAUUUGCUAAUUCUGGAAACUUGUGCUGAUUCCACGCAAACUCUCAUUGGGCUUCUCAGCGGACUUGCACCCCCAUCAUUGCCGAGCAGUACACUCAAGUAUCGUACUGAGGUUAUGCCGUUGCAAGAUAUGUUAAGUUCAUUUACUGGUGAAGCGUUUACGACUGAUCAAGUGACAAACGCCGAUGAAAUUUCUGUUCAUGAGUCGGAGGAUAAUUUUGAAGGUGCUCUUGAUGAUGAACUCGACUACGUCAGCGACUUUUAUCCCAAGGGACCUGAUUCAGAAGAGCCGAUGAGUACAAGUACGAUGAUGGAUCCGAUGGCCGAUAUGUCUCGAUCUAGACGUCUGAUGGAUAGCUUUCAUUCGGAGUAUAAUGUUUCGACUAGCAUAACAGGCCUUGAAUUUCGGGAUGAUCAUUUCGCUAGAAAAUCAACUGUCGGAGGCACGGCUCAUCGAUGGGACUCUACUCACAAUACUUAUGGCCUUGCAAAUGAAGUAAAACUUCAUGGUAGCCCAUUGAGAGUCAGGGUGCGAGAUGUGCAUUUCAUCUGGAACCUUUUUGAUGGAUAUGAUUGGCAACGCACAAGGGAUACAAUUUCAAGGGCCGUCAAGGAUGUUGAAAUGAAAGCUGCAGAACGACGCGCCAAAGCAACGAGUCGCCUAUCCCCCGAAGAUGAUGAAGAAGAGUCGGUUAUUGGCGAUUUUCUCUUCAACUCUAUCUAUAUCGGUAUACCUGCCAACAAGGACCCUCGUGAGCUGUCCCGAGCAAUCAAUCAUGAUAUAGAUGACAUGAUUAGUGAGACAGGAAGCUACAUUACCUCUACGACUGUCACCGGACUCUCCGCAAAUCGACAAAACCGGCCACCUUCAGUUCGCGGAAAGAGGUUACGUCUCUCACGCAGCAAGCAUCACAAAAUGACGUUCGAGCUAAAGGGUGUUUCGGCCGAUUUUGUCGUCUUCCCACCAGACUCUAGCGAAACUCAGAGUACAAUGGACGUGCGGGUGAAUGAUCUAGAGAUUUUUGAUCACAUUCCGACAUCAACUUGGAAGAAAUUUGCGACAUAUAUGAACGAUGCUGGGGAACGCGAAAGCGGGACUAGCAUGGUGCAUCUAGAAAUAUUGAAUGUCAAGCCGGUGGCGGAGUUGGCGGCAUCAGAAAUUGUUCUUAAGGCUACUAUUUUGCCCCUACGUCUUCACGUUGAUCAAGAUGCGCUGGACUUUCUUAGUCGUUUUUUCGAAUUCAAGGAUGAGUCCGCCCCUGCUCCCAGUACUCCAGGCGAUGCUCCGUUCCUGCAGCGAGUUGAGAUCAAUUCGGUGCGAGUGAAGCUAGACUUUAAGCCCAAGCGAGUCGACUAUGCUGGCUUGCGAUCUGGGCGGACGACCGAAUUCAUGAAUUUCUUCAUCCUGGAUGAGGCGGACAUGGUAAUGCGACAUGUUAUCAUCUAUGGUGUCUCGGGCUUUGACAGGCUUGGUCAGACUCUCAACGAUAUCUGGAUGCCGGAUAUUAAGAGAAAUCAAUUACCAGUACGCAGUAUACAAAAAGGAGCAUUCUCUUUCGCAAAGACCACCACAAAUGAACUGAUCAAACUGGGAGCCAAGCUAGCUAUUGGAACCCAGACAGUUCUCCAGAGUGCGGAAGACUUCCUCAAUGCUCCAUCUACGGGGACAGGACAUUUAGAAGGGGACGGCGAUUCGGGCGACGAGGACGAGAAGAAACAAAUCUCCCACUAUGCCGAUCAACCAGUGGGCGUCGUCCAGGGUCUUCGGGGUGCGUUCCGCAGUCUAGAGCGUGAUUUACUUAUGACACGAGAUGCUAUUGUCGCUGUUCCCGGUGAGGUGAUGGAAAGCAGCAGCGCGGCAGGAGCUGCAAAAGCAGUCUGGCGACGAGCACCCACUGUCAUCCUACGACCUGCCAUUGGGGCUACACGUGCCGUUGGGCAGACUUUACUCGGGGCAGGAAACACGUUGGACCCGACAAAUCGACGAAGAAUAGAAGAUUAUAUAUCUGCUGCGAAUCAUUUAUAG